AUGUCGUAUUAUCAAAGGCACCAUCGAUAUGCCGUUAUAAGUCGUAUUAAUCAUGCUGUCGUGGCAUGCUCUGGGGACUUUGCAAAUUCAUGGGUAGCUGAAAAAGGCCGAGUACCGGUCUCUGGCCACUCAUGUUAUGCAAAGACCUUUGAAGGGCCAGUGCAAAUGUCACGAGCUAUAAGCUUCGAAGUUAUCAUCUGGCAAGGCCAGUCAGCGAGGACGAGUGGCGUGGCUCGUGAUGGUACUCCGGACGAAACCCUAAGAUCCCAAGAACUGUUAAUAUUCAAUGACGAGUCCCUAGUGGCUGAGCCUGUGCCGCGGGCUCUUGGUGAGAAGCCGGCUUGCAUGGGACUACCCUCGAAUCAACUCCCUUGCUCGCCCUCGGACAAGUCACACAGACACCAGACGAGGGCCCUGUCCUUGGUAAAAGAUCUCGCUGGCUCAGAAAGUCGUGAUGAUAAAGUACAUGUUUCUGAUACAUGCUCUGGCAAACAAACACAGAGACUUGCACAGGAACUGGCUGGCGGAGGCGACCCAUCCUCAUGCAGCAAGGUGGCUCUGUGUCCAAGUUUCGUCAGUGUUAGUGUUCGAGGCAACGGUACUCGAGACAGUCAGUGA